AAACCGGCAGCAUGUACCAGAAACUACUGAGCGAGUUUACCACCAGCUUUCGCAGGGAUAAGGACUAUUUGUCCCGCAUCUAACCCGCCGCUCUCAUACGCGCUCUCCAGAAUGGGCUGCUUCUGGGCAAGGUUACUGAUUCUCUUCUGCUCUGCAUCCUUUCAGGCCGCGUCGGACUUUGCAGGGGAACAGCGGAUCGAGGACGGGGAGACUCUCCAGGGUUCUUUUGCUGAGAGGAGGAUUCAGAACAAACCCGCAGCUUUUCACCGAUCCAACACAGAUGCUUGGAGGUUGCCUGGCCAAUACAUAGUGGUGCUUAAAGAAAACACACACAAUUCCCAGGCAGAACACACCAUACGCAAGCUUCAUAACAAGGCAGCCAAGCAUGGCUAUAUGUCUGAACUUGUCCUGGUAUUCCAUGAGGUCUUCAAAGGCUUUGUCAUAAAAAUGAGCAGUGAUAUGCUGGACCUGGCUCUGAGCUUACCUCACGUUGAGUAUAUUGAAGAAGACUCUUCUGUGUUUGCUCAGACUAUCCCUUGGAAUCUAAAUCAAAUUGUUCCUUCAGGGAACACAGCAGAACAGUACACCCCACCAAAUAAUGGUGAUCUGGCAGAAGUUUACUUACUCGACACUAGUGUACAGAGCAACCAUCGAGAGAUUGAAGGGAAAGUUUUUGCAACAGAAUUUAAAAGUAUUCCAGAAGAGGAUGGCACUCGAUUUUAUCGCCAGGCUAGUAAAUGCGAUAGCCACGGAACCCACACUGUGGGUGUGGUUUGUGGGCGCGACUCUGGUGUUGCCAAAGGAGCUAAUAUCCGCACUGUGAGAAUUCUUAAUUGCCAGGGAAGGGGUACUGUAAGUGGAGCACUGGCCGGUUUGGAGUUCAUCAGAAAAACUCUGAUGGUUCAGCCUUACCAACCUGUAAUUGUGCUGCUGCCCUUCGCUGGAGGAUAUAGUCAGACUCUGAACUCAGCCUGCAGACAAUUAGCAUGGACAGGCGUAGCGUUGAUUGCAGCUGCCGGAAAUUACAAGGAUGACGCCUGUUUGUAUUCACCAGCCUCAGAACCGGAGGUCAUCACUGUAGGUGCCACAAAUCGUGACAACCAGCCGACCACAAGUGGAACCCUAGGAACUAACUUUGGUCGUUGCGUUGAUCUUUUUGCUCCUGGCGAUGACAUUGUUAGUGCUUCUAGUGACUGUGUCACGUGCUUCACCUCGAAGAGCGGAACAUCACAGGCAGCAGCUCAAGUGGCAGGCAUUUCGGCGAUCAUAAUGAACGCUGACCCUAACAUCACGGUAUCUGAACUACGCCAGAGACUUAUUCAUUAUUCCACAAAGAAAGCAAUCAAUGACAUCUGGUUUCCAGAGGAUCAGCGUUUAGUCACACCCAACAGAAUUGCAGGAUUGUCUUCGCCUGUACUAAAGGAGAAUCAGCUGUUGUGCAGGACCGUGUGGUCAAAGAGAUCAGGACUGGCACACUCAGCCAAAGCUACCGUGCACUGUGACAAGAAUGAGGAAAUGUUCAGUUGUUCAAGUUACUCAAAAAAUGGAAAGAGAAGAGGGGAACAUAUAGAGGAAGACCAAGGCAAGAAGUGUGUAGCUCACAAUGCUGUUGGGAAUAAUGGGGUUUAUGCAGUUGCCAGGUGCUGCACUUGGCCAAGAACUGAAUGCCUUGUCAACGCAAGUUCAGUGGCUGAUGAUGGCACCACACAAAUGGCAGGCUGUCCACACAAGGAGUUUAUCCUCACUGGCUGCAGCUCACAUUCCUUUUCAACAUUCAGUGAUACAACAAUGCCUCAUGAAAACAAGAAGUGUCUUGGGCAAAAGGAGACAAUCUCACAUGCUAUCUGUUGCCAAGCUCCAAGUCUUGUGUGCAAGGUGAAGGAACAACAUUCCACAGGCCAAAUGGAAAAGGUGAUGGUGUCAUGUGACGAAGGCUGGACCCUGACUGGUUGCAGUGCAUAUUCCCAUGGGUCACACACUCAUGGAGCAUAUGCUGAGGACAACACCUGUGUGGUAACUUACACAGGAAAGGGGAAAGGUGCAGCAGCCAUUGGCAUUUGCUGCCAGAAGAGGAGAGAACUGUAGUCUGAUUAAAAUGUCCUUUGGUGUGUUCCCUCAUCCCCUCUCGCAAUUUUUAUAUACUUCUCUUUUUUCCGGUAAGGCAGGCAGUCUUGCUGUGGUUUAGUCUAUGGGAAAGGGCAGCUCUCUUUUACCCAGCUUGGAAAACCUGGAUUGAUGUAAUCAGGGCAAAUACUGGUGAACAGCUUUCUCUGACAACUGAGCUCAAACCUUCCUCCUAAAAUUAGAUAUAGUUUACAGCAAGUGGAAUUAAGGAACAGGCCAAAUUCCCCAAUUCUUGUGUCUGAACAAAGCUUAGAUAAUGUCAAAUGAUUAUAGUUUAUUUGAUUUACUUUCCUUUUGGGAGAAUACUUUCUUGCUUAAAGCUUUUUCAGGCACUAUCAACCUGUAAAUAGUUUUAUGAGAGCAUGUCAGCAUUAAUAUAAUCAUUGGUAAUUGCUGAGAAUAACAAUGAUUCACUACAAAAUGAAAUACCUCCAGCAUUUACUGAUAACUACUAAAUGCAGCUAGGAUGUUAGAAAUUCAUGGCAAAGUCCGGUCACUCCAGAACAAACACGUUAAUAUCGCACAUGUCCAUCAAAGUCAGUGGGCCUUCACUUACCACAUUCCAAAAUUCACAGCCAAGUUUAUUCAAAAUAUUUUUUUGAAGCCAAUUGUUCAAGUAAACGUGCAUAAUGUUGUACCACCUUUGUUUCAAAAUGAAGGAUAAACUUUCCAUUAGACUAUUCAGGGAUACAGAAUUAAAAUAAGGAAACUGUUUCCUUAGUACAUCAUGCUUGUUUGAAGAAUUAUGCCAUUUGGAAAAACAUUAAUUUUUUUUUAAAAACAAAGACAAAAUAUUUGGUUUCAAUUAAACCUUAAUUCCAGUUUUCUUGCUCUGGUGCUUGCAGUAUGAAUUAGUUAUUGAUUCUUAAUCUGAACACCAAGGCUUAUGUUACACCAAACUAUCAGACAUCCAAUGAGAAAUAUAUGUAACUUCCUGAAACUUAAAAAGUCACGCAGCCAUAGAAGUAUUUCUCACCUUUAGUUUUGGAUGGAGAAAAGACAUGGGAUUUCAACAAUAUCUAGUUUCCUUAUUGAAUGCGUGUUCCCUGUCAGACUAUAACAUACUACAAAGAAACAUUUAUACUCAAAGAAACAGUGAAAAGACCAUUUCUAUUACUCAUUUUGUAUUUUUGAUAUCUUUAUAGAGUGAGCAGCUCAUUUGCUUCCCACAGAUAAACCAAUCCAUUGCUGUGACAUAAUUCAGAUUGGUGAAUACCUCUUACCUGUUAUUUCUACUCUUGGAUGCCCAUCACCAUAGACGAGUCUCAAGUACUUUCAACACACCUUUAAUAUUCAGUCAUCAUGUAAGUGCUUGGCACUAAGGGAAGAUACCUGGCUAUUAGUGCAGUGGAUGUACAAUCACAUCCUUUAAAACACACAGAUUGUAAUUACAGUUCUGAAAAUGAGGCUGGUGUUUAUGGAACAGAAAUAACCAAGAUUUGAACAUGCACAUGAAUUUUCCCCCAAGCACGUUGGAUGAAAGACAUAAAAGAUCACAUAUUUAUUGGAAUUGAUUCAAUGUGGACACUUGAGCUCAUCUUGAUUAUAUCAUCUGAUGUCCUCGCUUCUCAAUUAUGCUGAAAAUAGAAACAACUUGGAGGAGGUACAAGUUUACAAGCACCUUAGUGUCAGUGAAUGCCCUAAGAGGCAGAGAAAAGAUGAAAUAAAAAGCAGCCAAAAUGAAAUUCGACUAUUACAAGUUUCCUCAUGAUCAAAGUUUGUAGUCAUGGAAUCCAAUUAACCCAAUUUACAUAUGUGAAGGACUUUGCUUUCAUUGGAAUAGAACUUCAUUUUUUGGCAGGUUAGGUUUUCCAAAAUUCCGAAUAAUCAAUGCUUGUAAUUCACACUUUAGUGGAUAAUAGAAGAUUUAAAGUGGUAGCUGAACUGAAUUUUACUACCUUAUAAUAUGCUGAAUUUCUUACCUGCAUUAUAACCUCGUAGGCAUUACUAUUCACUGUAUGCGAAAGGGAUAAGACAUCCAAUAGUAAAAGAAUUGUGUAUAUACACAGAAAGUUAGCACCAAACUAUUUCAAAAUCCCACCAGAUUUUAUUGCUACCAACAUCUGUAAAUAUUUUUGAGAAUAUGAUUUUAUACUUUUUUGUACGGUUUUGUAUACAUUACACGUCGUUAAUAAAGCGAAAACUGCUUUAUAUCAGUGAAAUAGUCA